UACAAAUUAUAAAAUUGUUAUUUUUAAAUAGCACAUAUGAAAUCGAAGCUAAUUACGUGUCAUGUUUUGUGAUUAUUAGUUGUUUUCGUGCUAUGGUCUGACCGAUCAGAAAAAGUUUCAUCAGAGAUUAGGUCUUUUCUAAUAUCUGCUUUCAUGUUUCGGAUUGUGACUAAUUGAUUUAUCGACUUGUCUUGAUAACGUGAAAAAUAAAAAUUAUGCAUUUAGACUUUUAUUUCUGAUCUUUCAUUUAUUGAACGAUAUUGCAAUCAAAAUAAUUGAUUAGAUUUUGUAAAUAUAGUCUAUUUCGUAUGUACGCGGGUAUUUUCAAAUAUCAUAAUAUUCUGAUAACAGAAGCCUAAAUUUCAUAAGAUAGAAGACUGAGAUAAUAAUUAUUAAUCAUAAUGAAAGACAAUAAAAAAGAACACGAUUCUCAUAUUUUUAUAAUCCUUUGGGGGUUUAUUAUACAUAUUAUUUUGCUAUGGGGAGUUUUGGAUGCAAACUUUCAUUCCCUUAUUAUAUCAGGAUUACCUGUGAUUAAAGCACCUGCAGGUGCUCCAGCAAAACGAAUUCUGAUUUUUGUUGCUGAUGGACUUCGCUAUAGAACUUUCAAACAAUAUACUCCUCCUUAUCUGCGGUCAAUCAUUGAAAAAGAUGGUGUCUCAAGUAUUUCUCAUACUCGAAUGCCAACAGAAUCUAGACCUGGAAAUAUAGCUAUUGUAGCUGGAUUAUAUGAAGAUCCCAGUGCUAUCUUUAAAGGAUGGAAGGAAAAUCCUGUUGAUUUUGAUACUGUAUUUAAUCAAAGUAGAUCAUCUUGGCUAUGGGGUAGUCCAGAUAUCAUUUCUUUAUUUACAAAAGGUGGUAAUUCAAAUAUACGCGCAGGAAGCUACCCAGCUGCUUGGCAAAACUUUGUCAAGGAAACCAAUUCAGCAAAGCGAUUAGAUAAUUGGGUAUUUGAACAAUAUUCACAGUGGUUAAAAACAGAGGGACCAAUAUAUAAGACUAAUGAUAAAAUAGUACUUUACUUUCAUCUGUUAGGCUGUGAUACUAUAGGACACGCUUCCAAACCACAAUCAAAAGACUAUGUAGAAGUUAUGAUGGAAGUAGAUCGAAAUAUAAAAAAAGUAGUUCGAGAAACUGAACGUUACUUUGGAAAUGGCACAACUGCUUACAUUUUUACUGCUGAUCAUGGAAUGACUGAUUGGGGUUCUCAUGGUAGUGGUUCAACUGAUGAAACAGAAACACCAUUUGUUGCCUGGGGUGCAGGUAUAAAAAAAGGUCCUUUAUACCAUAAUAUUGAGCAAGCUGAUGUCACGCCUCUCAUUUCUACUCUAAUUGGUAUAUCUAUUCCUGUGAAUAAUGAGGGCAUACUGCCUUAUGAAUUGUUAGAUCUGAAAUAUGAAAAUUUUAUCUCACAAGCUUUUCUGAAAAAUGCUCAACAGCUUGCUGAACAGGUCAAAGCCAAUAGGGAAUUGACAGUAGGUCAGAGUUUAGUUAAUAUGUAUUCUAAAGAUGAAGAAUUUAAAAUGAAACUUACUAAUGCUGAAAAUUCACUAGAAAUAAGUGAUAAUCAGCAAUUUUUAAAAGAAUGUAAAAGCAUAACUAGAUUAGCCAAAGAGGUCAUUACUUACUAUAGACGUUAUCAAACAGACAGAUUUUUAUUCUGCUUAAUGCUUAUGUGGGUUGGGUGGAUUAUAUUGCUUUAUACUCAUAUAGGUGGUAUACCAGGAAAAGAUAUUCCAUUUGGACCUAUUACAUGGUUAACAUUAGCAAAUAUAUCUCUUGUUGUCUGUAUGAUUCCUUUAACUAUUGAAUAUGCAGUUACAGGUUGCAAGGAGUGGCGAUUACUAGGAUAUGGAAUAAUUGGUGCUGUAUCUGUUUGGUUGGCUAGCAGAAGUAUCAUAAUACAUAUUAUGCCUCCUAUUAGCUUGAUUUAUAAACCAUGGUAUGAAGUCAUAGGAACUAUAAUAAUGAUUCCAACAAUGCUUGCUGGUCUAUCAUAUAGAUGGGCUUUUAGUAUUAGUGUGUUGUUGGCUGUUAUAUUGGAAAAAAAAAUUUUUUCCAAAAAUGCAAAAACUACCUUUAUUUUUACCGGAGCUACUUUAGCAGUUUUUCCAUUAUUACCUGUAGUUGGACCAGAACCAAAAGUAUACAUAGUAUUAUUAGCUUUGGGUAUAAGUUUAAUAGCAAUAAUAAACAAGAAAAGUAUUUACAGAUACAUUAAAGCUAUUGAAAUUUCACGACUUGUUCUGACGUCGCUUUUAUGUUUGAAUAUUAUUGAUGGUCGGUCUUUCUUUUCUUGGUUCUUAAUGUUUAGCACACCAUUCGUCAUAUGGCUGCAUCCCAAAGACUGGGAACAAAGAAUAUUUGGUGUUACUAUAGCUUUGAUGAGCCCUUUAGCUCUGUUAUCAGCUUCGUAUGAACCUUUGUUUUUUUUAAUUUUUGCAAGUCAUUUACAGUAUUGGCCAAUAUAUGAGUACUCAUUCAAGUCAAAAGGUGGGCCACAAAUUCUAAGAUUAAGAGAUGUCAGCACUGCGGCUUUUCUUAUGUUGUACACGUUAUUAAGCUUCUUUGGUACUGGCAAUAUGGCAAGUAUUAGUUCGUUUGACCCAUCCUGGACACGUCACUUUUUAACAGUAUUUUCGCCAUUUACAAUGACGACGCUCAUAUUAUUGAAGACUGUUAUUCCAUUAAUACUUGUUGGAUGUAUUAUCCGUACGCUAGCGAAAGAUUCAACAAUAUUUUGUGCGGUUUUACUGUUGGGGGAUUGUCUGGCACUACCACUCAUGUACAGGGUGGUCUCAGUGGGAAGUUGGCUUGAUAUCGGUAGCAGUAUUAGUCGGUUUGUCAUAGCUAUUGUGCUCCCUUGUCUUCUCGUGCUUGUUUAUUACAUGAGUAAGCCCUUCACAACUUUUAGUUUGCAAGAAUUCUUAGGGUAUAAAUCUAUCAAAAGUCAACGACUUAAAAUUUAAAUUUCUUGAGUCUUCCCGUUGUAUUAAUUUAUACAACUUAGCGAAAUAGUGCAUUAUCGUAGAAUGACAUUUUAGUUAUUAGUUCAUUGCUUUUAAUUUAUUUUGCUUUAUAAAAAUAUUGUUUAUCAAAGUUAGAACAGAUGAAAUAUGAGAUAUAUUCAUAAAAUAUCACACCAAGUGUUGUUACCGUUUUUGUUAUAAAUUACUCAUUACAUUACAUUUGUAGCUAAUAAAAUUGAAACUUCUUAACAGUAAAUAUUGUGGAUAUUUAUUUAGAGAUGCUAGUUGCUUCUGAAAAAACAACACAGUGGUCAUUUCAACAUUAUUAGCAUGUUGACAGCAGUGUGGCCCAUAUAUGGGUCCAAUUUUUCAUUAGUAUGUUUUUGAAUUUUAUAGAAAAAUUUGAUGUCUACUUUUUAAAUACUGUAGCAUAAUAAUAUCUGCAUAUAUUUUACAAUAGCAGACUAUUUUAUUACAAUAUCCUAAAAAGAUUUAAAACAAACCAUUUUAAAGAUGAAUCUAAAAGAAUAUUUAGUGAGCUUUUUUUGUGUUAAAUAAACAAACUUUUCAAACUGUCGCGAAAGCUCUAACUAUAGAGCUUUUGAAGUUUCUGACCUCAAUUUUUAUUACAAUACAGAAAAAUCUUAACAUUUUAUAAUGGUUGAAGAAUGUAAACAAUCUAAACACUUGAAUAAUUCAAGACUUAGAGGUUUAUUAAGAGUAAAGAAAGUUUAUAGGUUGGUUAUUACGAAUAGCUAUGAAGCUGUAAAGUUUAAGUUAACUUGAUAGCUUAAAAGGAAAGCUUGAACUGGUGUGGGAGUUCAAAAAGUCCAAAACAUAAUUUGCUCGACUCUGAUUAGAGUUCAGAUCCAAACUGACUCGAGCUUUCGUAGAAGACUAUUCUUAUAACUGUUUUGCUGAAAU